GGGACGGUCAGCGGGAAGAGCCAAGAGACUGCAACUCUACAAUGAAGACGCAGAUUACUCCUAAUUCCCUGAGCUUUUCACACCAAAAUAAUGGAAACUGGCCAGUGUGUGCUCGUUACACUCACUACUCCCACUCGAGAUCAUUCCUAUUAGUAACUCUGAGGCUUCACCUAACAGGCCACAGUGGAGGCAAGGAAAUGUUGUGUGGAGAACCCACUGGGCCUGGCUGUCCAACCUAUGGUCUCCAUCCAUCGUUUUACAGUCAGGGUGUACAUUUGAUGGGGAAUCUCUAAAUGGGACUUUGGGGAAUCAUAACGGAAUAGUGCACAAGUGUGAAAAUUUACAAGCCUGCGCAGAGCUGCAAGGCCCAGAGCCGCGUGCAGCGAGGCCACAAAGCCGGCCCCUUCCGCUUUACGUCUGACGUCACGCCGCACGCCCUUCUGAGGGCGUGCGCAGUUUGGCUGCUCCGGGGUUGGUCCCUGAGCUCGCGCGACUGUGCGGCAAGACGUUUGGCUUUGAAAUGCAGCGGGAUUUGGUGAGUUUCCCGCUGUCUCCAGCGGUGCGGGUGAAGCUGGUGUCUGCGGGUUUCCAGACUGCUGAGGAACUCCUAGAGGUGAAACCCUCCGAGCUUAGCAAAGAAGUUGGGAUAUCUAAAGCGGAAGCCUUAGAAACUCUGCAGAUUAUCAGAAGAGAAAGUCUCACAAAUAAACCAAGAUAUGCUGGUACAUCUGAGUCAGGCAAGAAGUGUACAGCACUGGAACUUCUUGAGCAGGAGCAUACCCAGGGCUUCAUAAUUACCUUCUGUUCAGCACUAGAUGAUAUUCUUGGGGGUGGAGUACCCUUAAUGAAAACAACAGAAAUUUGUGGUGCACCAGGUGUUGGAAAAACACAAUUAUGUAUGCAAUUGGCAGUAGAUGUGCAGAUACCAGAAUGUUUUGGAGGAGUGGCAGGUGAAGCAGUUUUUAUUGAUACAGAGGGAAGUUUUAUGGUUGAUAGAGUGGUAGACCUUGCUACUGCCUGCAUUCAGCACCUUCAGCUUAUAGCAGAAAAACACAAGGGAGAGGAACACCGAAAAGCUUUGGAGGAUUUCACUCUUGAUAAUAUUCUUUCCCAUAUUUAUUAUUUUCGCUGUCGUGACUACACAGAGUUACUGGCACAAGUUUAUCUUCUUCCAGAUUUCCUUUCAGAACACUCAAAGGUUCGACUAGUGAUAGUGGAUGGUAUUGCUUUUCCGUUUCGUCAUGACCUAGAUGACCUGUCUCUUCGUACUCGGUUAUUAAAUGGCCUAGUCCAGCAAAUGAUCAGCCUUGCAAAUAAUCACAGAUUAGCUGUAAUUUUAACCAAUCAGAUGACAACAAAGAUUGAUAAAAAUCAGGCCUUGCUCGUUCCUGCAUUAGGGGAAAGUUGGGGACAUGCUGCUACAAUACGGCUAAUCUUUCAUUGGGACCGAAAGCAAAGGCCCUGACAAUCACCAACCAUUCUACCUUCUGUCUCUGAAUUUGACUCCUCUAUCUACCCCAUAUAAUUGGAAUCAUAUAAUAUUUGUUCUGGUGUGACUCGCUUAUUUCACUUAGUAUAAUGUCUUCAAGGCUCAUUUAUGUUGUAGCAUGUGUCAGAAUUUUCUUCCUUAAGUCUGAAUAUUCUAUUGUAGGUACAUACCACAUUUUUUUUAUUCAUCUGUGGAUGCACACUUGGGUGCUUCUACCUCUGGCUAUUGUGAAUAAGUUACAGUGUAUCAGUUUUAAAGUAAUUCUUAAAAGCAGUUUUUUGUGGGGGGUUUUUUUUUGUUUGUU